GCGGCCGCCCACCCAUCCUGCGGCCACCGCGCCCCGCCCCGCUCCGCCCGCAGUCCCCGCCCCUCACUUCCCCGUUCGGCGCUCCUCCCCCCGUGCCGCGCUCCAUACUUGGCGAUCGCUGCGGCCCUGCGUGCUCAUUGGCCGAGAGCCGGCUGCGUGGGGGGCGGGCCCGGGCCGGGCCGGGGCGGGGAAGGAAGGUGGCGGCGGCCCGGCGCGGGAGGAGGGAGGUGCUGACCCGGAUGUUCACUCCUGGGCACCCGGGGAAGUGGAAGCGCCGGGCCCUGCUGCGGGGGGGAGAGCCACAGACGCCGGGACCGGGACCGCCGCUGCCGCCGCCACAAUGAGUGAUCAGCAGCUGGACUGUGCCUUGGACUUGAUGAGGCGCCUGCCUCCACAGCAGAUCGAGAAAAACCUCAGCGACCUGAUAGACCUGGUCCCCAGUCUAUGUGAAGAUCUCCUGUCUUCUGUUGACCAGCCACUGAAAAUCGCCAGAGACAAGGUGGUGGGAAAGGAUUACCUUUUAUGUGACUACAACAGAGAUGGGGACUCCUAUAGGUCACCGUGGAGUAACAAGUAUGACCCCCCUUUGGAAGAUGGGGCCAUGCCUUCUGCUCGGCUGAGGAAGCUGGAGGUGGAAGCCAACAAUGCCUUUGACCAGUACCGAGACCUGUAUUUUGAAGGCGGCGUCUCAUCUGUCUACCUCUGGGAUCUGGAUCAUGGUUUUGCUGGAGUGAUCCUCAUAAAGAAGGCUGGAGAUGGAUCAAAGAAGAUCAAAGGCUGCUGGGACUCCAUCCACGUGGUGGAAGUGCAGGAGAAGUCCAGCGGUCGCACCGCCCAUUACAAGCUGACCUCCACGGUGAUGCUGUGGCUGCAGACCAACAAAUCCGGCUCUGGCACCAUGAACCUCGGCGGCAGCCUUACUAGACAGAUGGAGAAGGAUGAAACCGUGAGCGACUGCUCCCCGCACAUAGCCAACAUCGGGCGCCUGGUCGAGGACAUGGAAAAUAAAAUCAGAAGUACGCUGAAUGAGAUCUACUUUGGAAAAACAAAGGACAUCGUUAAUGGGCUAAGAUCUGUUGACGUUAUCCCCGACAACCCCAAGUUCCUGCAGCUGCAGAGGGAGCUUUCCCAAGUGCUGACGCAGCGCCAGAUCCACAUCCAGCCUGAUAAUUAAGCCGCUCCAGGUCUGUGCAGACUUUUGCAGACAAAUCAAAACAAGAAGCUCUUAAGAACGACCUGGUGGAGGCUUUGAAGAGAAAGCAGCAGUGUUAAGCCUCUUCUUCCCAACUAACCGGACACGCUGCCGUGCGCUCACUAGAUUCCUUUCUUAGAAACUCGUUUUCUGCUCCCUCCCUCGUCCCUUCCCUCCCCCCCCCAGGUCACACAACAACUUGCAUCACCACUGCACAGCGCCAUCUCUCCCUGAGAAUAAACCCUAUAAACACCCUUCUUGUCUCUGAGGCCUACUUCCCACCACAUUUUGCUAUCAAAACUCAGUAUUUCCAUAGAAACCAUGUUUUCUGUUUGCCCCAGCCCCCCCGUCUCUCCACCACCACCCAUUUAUAGGCAUAAAAUACACUGUCUGUCUGCCUCCCUUCCCUCCCACCCUUUUGUUACAUUGGUGUAAAAAAUGUAAAACAAAAAAAUUUUAUGAAAUAACUGUGGUGUGUGAAAGAUAGAAGAAAAACUGGAAAUCUGAUUCCACGUGUGUUUGGGAGUUGCCUGGGGUUGGGGGUUGGCGGGGACAGGGGACAGCUCUGGGAGAAAGGAGAGGUGGCCCUCAGCGUCGUCCCGCACGCCUGGCCCCUGUCCCGCGGAGACCACACGGUGGGGGGCGGGGACCUGCGGACCGUCCUGCUCUUCUGGCCAGGUGCUUUUCUGUCAAUUUUUAUGGAAUGCAAAAGGAGUUUUUGUUUUAUUUUGUUUUUUUGUAAAGCUUAAAAAAAAAUCUACAUCUUAUACUUGAGCUUCCAUACUUAAAAAAAAAAAAGGAAAAAAAGAACAAAAAAAUAAAUAAAAAGAAACUGGGAUGCAGUUA